GACGUCAUCACUAACCACUGGAAAGUGGUCAUGAAUAGGGAUGUGGAGGAGGAGGAGGCGAGGCACAUCGCCAAGAGGAAUGGAUUUUCGUACGUCAUGCCGGUGUUGAGGUCGAAACGCGAGUUCCACUUCGAACACAAACUCGUUCAACGCGCCAGAACCAAGAGGAGCGUUGACCUCUCGAGGAAACUGAAAACAGAACCAGCUGUUAGUGCUGCCAUACAGCAGCCUGGAUACUUACGCAGCAAGAGGGGGUACAAGCAGAUCCGCGGCAUUCCACUGCCCGACCUCACGGAGCACUCCAACAUGGCAAAAACUGACGCCGCACCGAAUGACCCCCUUUAUCCGAAACAGUGGUAUAUUAACAACACCGGCCAAGCGGGUGGGGUACCAAAACUGGACUUGAACGUGGAGCCAGCGUGGGCACUGGGGUUCACUGGCAAGGGGGUGACCACGGCCAUCAUGGACGAUGGCAUCGACUACAUGCACCCUGACCUCGCUGAUAACUUUAAUGCAGAGGCGAGUUACGACUUCAGCAGCAACGAUCCCUUUCCGUAUCCUAGAUACACGGAUGACUGGUUCAACAGCCAUGGAACGAGAUGCGCUGGCGAGAUAGCAGCCAUGAAGAACAACGAGAUCUGCGGCGUCGGUGUGGCCUAUGAAUCAAAAGUGGCAGGACUUCGCAUGCUGGAUCAGCCCUACAUGACAGACCUCAUCGAGGCCAACAGCAUGGGUCACAUGCCCCAGAACAUCGACAUAUACAGCGCAAGUUGGGGGCCAACUGACGACGGCAGGACGGUCGAUGGGCCCCGUAAUGCCACCAUGAGGGCCAUUGUGAAGGGGGUGAAUGAGGGUCGCAAUGGUUCUGGUUCGAUUUACGUGUGGGCCUCAGGAGACGGUGGCCCGAAUGACGACUGCAACUGCGACGGAUACGCCGCCAGCAUGUGGACCAUCUCAAUCAACUCUGCUACAAACGACGGGCAGACUGCUAGCUACGACGAGAGUUGCUCAUCUACGCUUGCAUCCACUUUCAGUAAUGGGAAAACUGGAGACCAGGACGCUGGAGUGGCGACUACAGAUUUGUACGGCAAGUGCACCACGAGGCACUCUGGAACGUCGGCUGCAGCCCCUGAAGCGGCAGGAGUGUUUGCAUUGGCGCUCGAAGCUAAUAACAAAUUAACUUGGAGGGACGUCCAACACUUGACAGUGCUGACUUCGAAGAGGAACCACUUGGAUGACCACAAGCACCGUCACAACUGGACAAUCAAUGGAGCAGGCUUGGAGUUCAAUCAUCUUUUUGGCUACGGAGUUCUGGAUGCUGGAGACAUGGUGGACAUGGCUAGGAAUUGGAUAACAGUCCCAGAACGUUGGCAUUGUUCAGCUGACGUCAUCACUGGAAACUAUCCAUUUUCAACUGGGAACCCGCUGACAUUGACGAUUGACACGACGGCUUGCCAGGGUCAGGAGAACCAGGUCAACUAUUUGGAGCACGUGCAAGCUUUCAUAACUUUGAGAGCAACGAGACGUGGUGACGUAACUAUUCAUCUGGUCUCGCCUAUGAACACAACAUCCAUGCUGCUGGGAAAACGUGUCAACGACGGAAACAGCAAAUCCGGUUUUACAAAAUGGCCGUUCAUGACGACCCACGCAUGGGCUGAAAAUCCGAAAGGUCGAUGGCGCCUCAUCAUUUCUUUGGACGGCAAUGAACCUCAAAGUGGAACCUUGUUGGAAUGGAAUUUACUUUUACACGGAACCCGCACAUCACCGUACGUCCAGCAGACGGCCAACUUGUUACGUCAUUCAAAACUAGCUCUGGUCAAAAGACAGCAUGAGACGGACAGGAAGUUUAGCGAGUUUUGAGAAGCUUGAAGAGGGAAGGAUAGGAAAGGCAUCUGUUAAUAAAAUUAUUAUUACUAUUUUGUUUAUUAUUUAAAUUUUUGUUAAAAUUAUUACUAAAAUUUUCAAUAUAAUUCAACUUAAACACUUAUUUAUCCUUUAUUGUAAAUAAAUUUAUAGCUAUGAGAGCAUUUGAAAAUUAUAACUGCAGAUUUAAGUUAAAAAAUUUAAGCAUUUUUCUUAAGGUUGAAAUUACUCUCUUACCAGGCAACAUAUUUAUUUACUACAAAUUUCACGUAUUGAAUUUGCUCGAAUAAUUUUCAGUUGAAAGUAACUAUCAUUAUUAAUUACCAUCUCUCACUAUUUUAUAACUGUCAUCAUCGUUAAUAUUAUAAAUAUUAUCAAACUUGAAAGAACUUGAUAGAACAGGCUGCGAAGAAAGGACUAAAUGUAGUAGCAGGAAAUAAUAAUAAUAAUAAUUAAUAAUUAUAAUAAUAAUAAAUAAUAAUUAAAAAAAGAUCCGACAUAUGACGAAUUUCUUCAUGCUUAUUUCUGCUGUUUAACCGCUAUCGUUCAUCUUUCCUUCAUAAACAUUACUGCAUUUUACACAUUUCAUUCUCUCGAAUAAUUAUUAUUAAUUAUGUAUCUACGCGUAUAUAUAAUACAAUAAACCUAAUAAAUAUUAUAAAAUAUAAAUAAUAGGUUAUAUAUGUAUAAUAAGUAAUAUAUAUAUAGAUUAGUAUCUUAUUGUACCUGUGUAAAGAAGAAACUUCAAACAUCUUGGUAUUAGAGGCGUAAAUCACACUUAAUUUAUAUUGAUAAAAUGUCUUCUUGAUAUCCAUAUAUUUACGAAAAUAUGAAAAUUAUAUAUAUAUAUAUAUAAUAUAUUGUAAUUUUAAAAUAUUUAAAAAUAUUUAAAUUUUGCAUUACUAUUACUUAAUUACUUAAUUUUAGCAUUAUAUCGGUGGAGAUUGAGUAAAUAUGGUAGUAAAUCUAACGUUGUGUAUAUAAUUAUAAUUAUUAUAUAUAAUUAUAUUCAUUUAUUCAAAUAAAGAACAUACUUAGUCAUUGUAGCAUUUAUCUUAUUUUCAUUUGAAACCUUGUCGAAAUAGAACUUACUCAAAUAUUAUUUUAUUAACUUUAUUGAAAUAUAUACAAUUGGUGUUGUCUUAUGCAUUCAA